UAGGAUUGCCGGGCGGAACUAAAAUAUCCGGAGCGCUAGUUUCCAGUACUGCUGUAUUGAGGGAGGCGCGGCUGGAUGCUCAUGCUGCUGGAGCUAAACCGGGCGUGUCAGAAUGGUUCUCUCCGGUCACGGCUCGUUGGUGCAGCUUUGCCAGGCUGGUCGGCUCGUGUGGAGAGAAGUUUCCUCUAACUUCAGUCCCAGACGCUGCUGGAGAAAGCUGCAGCAGCCUCAGCGCCUGUGCUCCGGUUCUGCUUCUUCCGGUCCCGUCUGGCACAGAGGAAAUUCAGAGCAGUCCUCCACACACACCCAGCGAGUGCCACACACACCUGUCCUGCUGAAUGAGGUCCUGCAAUACCUGAACAUCCAACCAGGCCAGGUAUUCCUAGACUUGACCUUUGGAGGUGGAGGUCACAGUAAGGCCUUGCUGAAGUCGGUGCCAGGUGUGACCCUGGUGGCUGCUGACCGCGACCCUGUGGCGUUCCAAUUGGCCCAGCAGCUAGCAGAAGAACAUCCGGGUCGGGUGAAGCCGGUUCUGGGGAGGUUCAGUGAGCUGAGUGGGCUGUUAGCAGGGCUCGGCCUGGCGAAGGGAAGUGUGGACGCCGCCCUGCUGGAUGCUGGAUGCUCCUCCAUGCAGAUGGACACAGCGGACAGAGGCUUCUCCCUCAGUAAGGACGGACCUCUGGACAUGAGGAUGGAUGGAGACAGGUACCCCGGCAUGCCCCGCGCGGCUGACGCCGUCAACGCCUUGGAUCAGCAGGCGCUUGCGUCCGUCCUGGCCGCGUACGGGGAGGAGCGGCGCGCCGGCAAAAUCGCGGCGGCCAUCGCUCGGGCACGCAGCAUCCAGCCCAUCGCCCGGACGCAGCAGCUGGCCAGCAUCGUGGCAGGAGCGUUCUCAGACUCGGCUCUGUACUCUCGGCGAGACCGCCUGCAGAGACCCUCGCACAUCGCCACCAAGACCUUCCAGGCUCUGCGUGUGUUCGUGAACGACGAGCUGAACGAGUUGGUGGCCGGACUGGAAGCAGCUCAGUUGGUUCUCCGGCCCGGCGGCCGCCUCUGCGUCCUCACCUUCCACUCUCUGGAGGACCGAAUCGCCAAGCGCUUCCUCCGGGGUGAGGACCUCUCCGCCCCACCCCGCAGAAACCUCCGGCAGUGGGCCCGAGACCAGCGCAGAAAGGCCGAGGAGGAGGAAGAAGAAGAGGAGGAUGAAGCAGAGACUGGAAGAGUGAGCAGAUACUGGACCAGCCUGGAGAAGAAAGUGGUGGUACCCAGCGAGGAGGAAGUACGGGAAAAUCCUAGGGCCAGAUCGGCUAAACUUAGAGUCGCCGUCAGACGCUAAAGCUAAUAUUUAACAUACCGUAUUUUACGGACUAUAAGGUGCAUAUUAUUAUAAGUUACACUAUCAAUGAACGUCUAUUUAAAAAAAAAAAAAAAUUAUAAAUAUGGCACCACCAGAUUGUAAGGCGAAUUUUAAGUGACAAUAGUAAGGAACAAGGGUGCUGCGAAGUGUUGCGAAGUUUCCCUUCUAAAGUAAACUGUAAAAACUAUAAUUCUUUCAAACAAGUCAAACGAGUGCUUUAUGUUAAUCUACACAUGUUUAUCUCCUAAAAAAAAAAAGAUAUUUGGCAGAGUAAAGCGCUUAUUUUCAGCAGCACUAGCCACGGUUAGCACCAGCGCUUAGUGCUACUAAAUGCCACCCAACAGCACCAUACCUAAGGAACCCUGAGUGUUCCAGUAACGCAGGGUGCUAUCAGCUAGCGGUUCGUCCCACGUAGCUUAUUUUAACACAGUGAAUACCCAGGCUGCAGCCCAACAUACUCAUCUCUGAACAGCGAAAGAGAACACUAGCACUGUGGUUAGCGUAUAAUGCUAAUGCUGCUCCAGCCUUAGUGCUGGAGAAACUUCACUGAAACUACUGUAUAAAGCUGUACUUCAGCGAAACAGCUUUACUGCUCUUUACAAUCUGACUGGUAAAAUUCAAAGGCACACUGUUAAUUUUUUUGAAAAUUCAAGGAUUUUAUAUGCACCUUUUUGUGCACCUCAUGGUGCCUCUAUUUUUGUCCCAAUUCUUGUUAGGGCUACGUGUCCCUUCAAAAAGAGAUUUUUCAGAGGCACACUUUAAACAGAGGACUGAGAAUCACUGGGAAGAUAGCACUGGCACAAGCGACCAAAGAAACCCACAAAUUUGAGUAUUUUCCUUGUUAAAAUUUCAGAUAACCACUAUAUAACCAUAGUUUAAUGUGUAGUUUGAAUGUUUAUAGCCAAAAUUGCUAGUUGUUUGUCUCAGUAGCUAGCUAACUUUCCCAUUACACCUUAAGUGGUGCAACAGAGGCUGCAGAAUUUAAGGUGGAAUGGAAACAUUCAAUAAAUGAAGGCUAAUUUCAUCUCCUCACAGUCGAAAUUAAGGAAUGGAGAAUAAUAGUGAUUAGUUGUUGCACCAUCUGCCCCCUUUUUGUAGACAUACGAUAAAGCCCUGAGGCUAACCAGUUAAGCAGCAGCAGUUAGGUUGCUCAAAUGUGCAAUUACAUGUGACUUAACAAUUAAAAACUAAACUACACUGAUAACAGCAACUAAUAAUGUGUCCCAUGACUUUUGCCAUGUGCCAUGGAAGCUAAAGGAUGCAUGACCCAUCCAUCUAGCAUCCAUUCAUAUCAUACGUCACUCACUCACAAGAUAACACCUGACAACUUACACAUAUGAGGUAUUCCCAAGCCGAGCUGUCCCCUGAGGAGUCAUUCAAUGAUUAGUUUGAUUGAUUUUUUUUGUGAAUGCAUAAACGAUUUCUUUCAAAGAUUUGCGGGAAACUUUUUUUUUUUUUUUAAAGAUAGAGAUUGACACGGUCAUGCAAAACUUUGUAUGUAAUUAUUCACAACUUUUUGACAUAACAUAAAUCUGGCUAUUGUUUUGUUCUUGAUGUAUGGUCCAAUAGAAAUGCUCCAAAAUGACUUGAACGCUUUUUUAUUUAAAACUUUUUCAUUCUCUUCUCCUGUAAAGCAGUUAUUCUGGAGAUAUGAGGUUUUUGUGAGACACUUGACUGUAUACUCAUUUUAUAUGUGACUUAUUCUGCUGUUUUCAAGAAUGUAUACAUAUUAAUACUAUAUCAAAUUAAAUGUAUUUUCUGGAAACAAUAAUUGAUGGUGCUGUUUGUGAAAUUCUAAUUAAUGAUGCAUGAUAAUAUCAGAGUUAUGUGGGAAAUAUCAGGUAAUUAACAUUGUCAUUGGGGAAAAUUCGAUUAAUAUGUCAAAGCACUAUUUAAAUAUGUAUUUAUUGCUCUCUGUAAUGUUGUAAUGUGUUAUAAUGUUGAUUACAGUUUUAAAAAUGUAUAGUUUAUUAAUUGAAUCUUUCCAGGGAAUAACUAUAUAUUCAGAGAUUAUAUUCUGCAUUUUGGUAGAAAGCAGUUCCUGUAAUGCUAAUCCAAGUGUGAUUAGUUCUGUUUGUUUUUUACACACAUCAGUAUCAGUACUGGUAGAUGUGUUUAUGAAAUAAUACAGGAUAUUGGCAUUGACUCAUAUUUAAAUUAUCUGUGCAUCACUAAUGCAAACUAUGCUAAUAAGCUUCCAUUGUUUGUUACAACAUAGCAAAACUGAUACCUAAGUGUGUAUUGUGUAUGUGUCU